AUGACAAAUGUCCUUUUGAAACCCCUAUCCCGAAUAUCAUUGGCCAGCCUGGACCUCAGAGACCCUCUAUCCCCAACAUUGGCGAAAUCUGCAAAAUCCUUACUCACUUUCACCGAUCACACCCCGCCACGAGCAUUGCUUUUUCGAGAUCCUAAGACAAAGGAAUUACGCCUUAAUGACUUCAUACCCCGCAUGGUUAUGCUGUUCGCAGGACAUUUCAAAGCCAAGCUGGAAAUGUUCCCAGGUGUGGAAAUGGGUAAGCCUACCCAUUACACCAUUAUCAAUGAUAGGUUAGAAGAACUGCAACUGGAUAUGCCCAUGGUUCUCGAUACAGGACCUGAAGAGAAAUGGAAGAAUAUGUCAUAUCCUCUCGAUGUGGCUCAGGCUAUUGUUUUUGUACCCUGUGUCCAACCGCACACCAUACGUGAGGUCUUCAAUAUGUUAUUGGGGUGGAAUUUUUUCUGUUCCAUUACGAUUUGUACUGUCCUAUUGCCCUUGGUCCACUCACUAUACGAUUAUGCCUUCCUUCGCCACUGGAGACCUACUAGUUUCCUGCUGAUUGAACACAUUCUACCCGGGGUGUUGGGCCAAGCAUUUGUGGCCCGCAAGACCCAGCUGCAGGGCUUGAAAUUGAUCUACUCUUUGUUAUUCUUCGACGGUCUGAAUGUGAGCAGCAAAUUUUCGGCCAGGGUGCAGACCCUCUUCACCCAUCCCACCUAUCAUCAGCAAAUUGAAAAUAUGGUACAGCUGAAACAAUCCCCUCUGAAAAUUCUACUUGAUGCCAUUGAGGCCCAAUAUAUUCUGCCGCACAUUGAGGGCCUAACAUCCUCCCUGGUCAUUACCCGAAAUUCCACAUAUUUUCAGUAUAAUCGACAUCGUUUCAAUACCCAAUAUGGCUAUUAUAGUUCCUCCACCCUCUGGGAAAUGUAUCGGCAGAAGCAACAAUAUUUUACCCACAAGGUAUUCUGCACUUCGGAUGGCCUAACCGUAUUUCGCCUUCUGCCUUGGGGAUUUCGUCUGCAAUUUAAUUCACCCUAUCAGGAACCUUUGAAUUAUCUGAUACAUUAG